CCUCUAACCUGAUUCUUUAGUUCAUAGUCCGAAGUUGAGACAAUAGCUUUUUAUGAAAUGGCGAGUGAGGCAGAGGAAACUGCGCGACGUCGCGAAGCGGUCACCGAGUAUCGGAGGAAACUUCUCCAGCACAAGGAACUCGAUUCCAGAGUUCGUACAGUUAGAGAGAAUUUGCGGACAGCGAAGAAGGAUUUCUCUAAAACUGAAGAUGAUCUGAAGUCCCUGCAGAGUGUUGGCCAAAUCAUAGGCGAAGUUCUGAGGCCUCUUGACAAUGAACGCUUGAUAGUUAAAGCAAGCAGCGGACCUAGGUAUGUGGUUGGCUGUCGCAGUAAGGUUGACAAGGAGAAGCUAACUGCAGGGACUCGAGUGGUUCUUGAUAUGACUACUCUUACGAUCAUGAGGGCUCUACCCCGUGAAGUUGAUCCAGUUGUAUAUAAUAUGCUUCAUGAAGACCCUGGAAAUGUUAGCUACUCUGCAGUUGGAGGGCUUUCAGAUCAGAUUCGAGAGCUAAGGGAAUCAAUAGAACUUCCUUUAAUGAAUCCUGAGCUGUUUCUAAGGGUUGGCAUCAAACCACCCAAGGGUGUUCUUCUUUAUGGACCUCCUGGAACUGGAAAGACAUUAUUAGCUAGAGCAAUAGCAAGCAAUAUAGAUGCUAACUUUUUGAAGGUUGUAUCUAGUGCUAUCAUUGAUAAAUAUAUUGGCGAAAGUGCAAGAUUGAUUAGGGAAAUGUUUGGAUAUGCGCGUGAUCAUCAGCCUUGCAUCAUAUUUAUGGAUGAGAUUGAUGCCAUUGGUGGACGCCGAUUCAGUGAGGGAACAAGUGCUGACCGAGAAAUUCAAAGAACACUCAUGGAGUUGCUUAACCAGCUUGAUGGAUUUGAUCAGCUUGGAAAGGUUAAGAUGAUUAUGGCUACAAAUAGACCUGAUGUGCUUGACCCAGCCCUCCUUAGACCAGGCCGACUUGAUCGUAAAAUUGAAAUUCCAUUGCCAAAUGAGCAAUCAAGGAUGGAAAUCCUCAAAAUUCAUGCUGCUGGAAUUGCAAAACAUGGGGAAAUUGAUUAUGAAGCAGUUGUUAAGCUUGCUGAGGGGUUCAAUGGUGCGGAUCUUCGCAAUGUUUGCACUGAAGCUGGGAUGUCUGCUAUACGUGCAGAACGUGACUAUGUAAUUCAUGAAGAUUUCAUGAAGGCUGUGCGCAAGUUAAAUGAAGCUAAGAAACUAGAAUCAAGUGCCCAUUAUAAUGCUGAUUUCGGGAAGGACUGAAAGCUUUGUUACGCAUCUUUCAUCACCAAAACACCUGGGGGGCAGGGGAGAAAUAUUUAUUGCUGUCGGGCCUCUUCCUUCCCUAAUCGGAUAAAAGCUAUCUCAGGCCCAACCAAUUCUCUUCGGCCUUGCAAUCUGCUCUGGAUUUGUUAUAGAACCCUCUUUUGUAUGAUAUUUACAUUAUAUUUCCAUCUUUUCUCCUUUUAUUUUCAAGUACAGGAAGAAGUUCCUUGUUUUCUUCAUUAUGCUGACACUUUGUUCUUAGUGUUUGUUUUCCUUUCCUGUCAAAAUAUUAGGAGAAAAUUUGAACAUC